AUGCAUGUUUCUAACCUAAUAUUUGUUUUAUUGGUCACAAGUCUCAAGCUUUCUUGUUGUGCCUUGGUUUAUAACGAAGACAUUAUCCAGAAUGGUGGUCGGCUUGAACUGUCACUUAAUUUGUACGAUAAGGUCCAAUAUAAUGCUGUAUUUUCCCUUAUUGACCCAGAGUAUGUCUCAGUAUAUUCGGCAGAUUUUAACAAUGAAUUUUACCUUUAUACAACAGUAAUCCCAUCAGGUUAUGUACGAUUCAUGUAUGCCUACAACUAUGGAAAUUUCCACGUAGUGGCCGCUACUGAUCAGCCUCUUGAAUUCAAUGGAGUCUAUUUUUUUAACGAGGGAUACCUUUCCUUCCAGAACUUAGACACCCAAGCAGAUUUUGGUGUGUAUCUUCAAUUAUUUGACAAUAAGAAGGAUGUAUACAUUUCUGGUGAUCAAGAAACCACAAAACUUGAUAUUUCUGGUAGCCAUAACACUGGAAGUAUUUGCGUCAAGGGUGCGACUAUCGAAUUCAGAACAGGAGAUGAAGGAAAUGGAUGCAUUAUUCUUCAAGACAGCGCCUUCAUCAGCAAUGGUGAGAUGAAUUCCGUGGUUUGCUUGACUGAAGGUGACCUGACAACUAUAUUCCUUCAACAAGAUGCAAUGGGACUGAUGAAGAUUGCUAAUUUUGGAACACUGCAUUCUUUGAGACUUGAAUAUUCUGGUAAUUUCCCAUAUUUUACAUAUGACACAAACAAUGAUAUAUUGGUAAUCGAACAUGGAAGGCGUUUAGAAGUUGACUUUGGACCAGGUUACAAUGCCACUGGAUUUCAGGGUGAGAUGGAAAAUGGGUUUUACAUAAUUCGAUACCGAGGUAUCAUUUAUAAUCAGUUACAUACUCCGUGCCCAUGCGCUUGUCCCGACGCACCUCCUACGACUGCGCCGGGAGUACUCCAAGUUAUGGCCACAUUCGCGGAUCCGUUUGCUCCUCAAGUUGAUGGAAACUCAGUACCCCAGGAGGAAUCUUUUGCUAAUUUUUUUGAUCCAACCGACGAAGGUGAAAACAACGAAUUGGACAAGGAUGAAUCUAUUGAUAAUAAUAUCGCACCAAGCGAUGAGAUGGAAACUUCACAAGCUGAACUACCAUAUACAGAAACGACGAUGGACCAGUUUAAGUCUUGUGUUUCAAGUUUUGACCAAGAUUUAAUUCAAGUAGGCGGUCGAUUCGAGUUGGAAUGUCCACACUUAUCCUUGGAAGAACUUGCUCAAUUUAAUGCUUUAUUUUCAUUUGUUAACCUCGAGAAUCUUUCGAUAAAUGGGGCAGUUUUUAACAAAGAAGUUUACUAUUAUUCAAGUAUAGUUCCGGAAAAUGCCAGUCUCGACUACGCUUAUAUUGCCAGCAAUUUUCAUAUAAUGACAGCCGCUGGUGUAGAAACACUUGACAUAUAUCUUGGAAGCGUUAGAAAUGAAGGAUAUCUUACUUUCCAGAACUUAGACAAUGAAGGACUUUUGCGGAUUAAUGUUAACCAAUUACAAAAUGAGAGGGAGGUCUACAUUUCUGGCAGUGAUCCGGAGCGUAUUAGAUAUGAAAGUUCUUCUACGAGAAAUAACGGGGUAAUUUGUGCCAAAGGUGCAACCUUCUACAAUUCUUUGCUUGGCAGUGGGAGAGGCUGCUAUGUUCUUCAAGAUACUGUUUUCAUUAACAACGGUGAUUUCGGAACUAUUAUUUGCCUUUCGGAUAAUCAGGAAGACAAGUCGGUAUUAUACCCUGAAGAAGAGGCGAAUGGUGGUAUGUCGGUCGUUAAUUUCGGUUUCCAACAUUCUUUGAAAAUUAAGUUUUCCAUUGACAAUCCAUCUUUUAGUUUCAAUGAAUACAAUUCCUUAGUAAUCGAAAUCGGAAAGACCUUGGAAGUAAAUCUUGGGCCGGGGUAUAAUUCUAGGGGAUUUGAAGGUGUAAUUGAAGAUGAUUAUUUCGUGAUUAGAUACAGCGGGACAAUAGAUGAUCAAUUACUUUCUGAAUGCCCUUGCAUUUGUCCUGGCUUGCCUCAGACUGCAGCAUCAGGAGUAGAUGCCCCCCCGGAAAGUGAACCGAUCAGUAAGGAAUCCGAAGGGGAUACCAUCAACUACUCAGAAUUAAAUGAAGCCACUUCUCAAAUAGAGAAACCCGAAUAUGCUGAAGCAAGUGUUCAAUCUAAAACCAGCGGAAGUUCUCAGGGCGACACACCAGUUGACGGAAAUCCUCAAGCUGAGCCUAUAGUUGCGGGAAAUCCUCGAGUGGACCCUCCAAUCGGCAACAGCGAAAAAAUGACAACUGCCGGAGCUGUUGCAAGCAUCGCGUCAAGUCCGAUAAGUCAGGACCCUACCAUUGAUGCUUUAGGAGGCACCACCGGAGAGUUUCAAGAGAAGCAUUUAUUAAAGAUGGUGUUGAUCAUGAUUUUUGCUGUUGCUGCUAUGUAA